GAAAUCGACGGCUGCGAGGAAGAGGCGUUGACUGCAGCGUGAGGGUGGGUGGGUGCUGCGGCUGAACAGGCGCCGGGAGCUGACCUGAAGCCGGGGUGGGCUCCGUCGAGUCCUGGAGCAGGGGGCUCCACGGAUAUCCUUCCCUUCCGGCAAGCAGCUCCAUCCACGGCCGGGCUCUGCCGGCAUCUUCCCCGCAACAUGGCCGAGUCCACUUCUAGCAGGGGAGCGACCACGACCGUCACCGAGACGGAGGUGACCGAGCCGGAAAAUCGUAGUCUCACUAUCAAAUUAAGAAAACGAAAACCAUCCAAGAAGGUGGAAUGGUCAAGUGAUACAGUGGACAAUGAGCACUUGGGACGGAGAUCUUCCAAAUGCUGCUGCAUCUACGAGAAGCCCCGGGCUUUUAAUGAGAGCUCAACAGAAAGCGAAGAUGAGGACGAUGAAGGCUGUGGCAAUGCCCAUUGCAUCCGAGGCCACAAGAAAAGCCAGCGGGGGAAGGCACAGUCUAAAGCAGGAGAUGCUGGCCCAAAGGAGAACAACUCCAAGAAGGUGGAGCUACCUGACCAAAACCAUGCAGGCGCCAUGCAGCACUGAACCAUACUUGGCCAUGGGGCAGAGAAGGAGCUCCUCAACUCUCCCCCAAAGGAGGACUGACACUGCCCCAACUGAGGCGAGGGAUGAAAAGAAAGGAAGGCCUAUACCGCCAGGUCUCAGCUGUUUUGUGCUGGUGCUUCCUUGACUGUGGGUAAAGGGGAGGGAGGGGAGGGAGGGCACGCACACCCAGCUCCACGCCUGUCUUGUGUCAGUGCUGCUACUGUUGUCUCUAUCCAUCUGUGGCUGGUGAGUCUGUCUGGUGCCACCCAUCCUCACCCUGCCCAACGAGGAAUGUAUUGACAGGACCUUCUUGGGUACUGUGGCUGAUUCCCCACCCCCCUGCAACUUAAUUAAAUAUUUGUUAUCAGUGAUGAAUAUGACAGGGAGUGGGUCUGCUUUAAGAAGAGCAGUGAUAGAGUUUCGACCAAGAUCUUUUCUCCUUCCCCUUGUAUCCUUCCUCAGUAUCUCUGGUUUCUUCCUUUAUUGCAGGCUCCUUUCCCAUUGGUCUUUUUUUUUUUAGCUCUGUGUAAGAAACCCACAAUCCACUCUGUUAAUCCUUGCUUGCAUUCUUCUUGUGUGCUGAGCCUGCAUCACUUUCAUUAUCAGCUCCACUGCCUCCCACCUGCAGACUCACGCAAACUCACUCGACAUAAAGCUGCCUUAAAGAUGCAGUCAUCAGGUCUCGCCACUCUCUUAGGCUCCUAGUUCCUGGAAAAGGGUAGGUGUUGAUGCCACCUCAUCAGCGAUACACGACAAUCUCCACUUGUCUUCUUAAAAGGACAUUUUUUUUCCCCCUGUGAUUUUUUUUAAAUUUUUGUUAUAUAAACGUCUGUAAGAAUUCUUAGUAGUGGGAAUGAAAGGAAUGGGUACAAAGGACACGGGGGGGUGGUUGGAAACAUUGUGAGUCUUACUGAUUUGGGGUUGAGAGGAACUUGAAAGAUGUAAAAAGGGUGAAUGUUUUAUGCAAAGGCACAGGCUGAUGUAUGGACUCAAAAAAAAAAAAAAAAGGAAGUUGGGUCCAGUCUGAAAACCUAUGAUUGAUGAAAUUCCCAUGGUCAUCUUGCACAAUCCCUGUAUAUUCCAUUGCUUGGGCAGAAUUUCAUAUUAAAUGCCUUUUUUGAAACCACAUGGGACUCAGCAGGAGCCUGAGGAAUGGGACCUUCCAUUGCAUGAACAUUUGAUUAUUCUGGCUACCUGUGGUUUGAUGUGGGAGAAGAAACAAUUGUACGUUCUCAAAAUCUUUCUCUUGCCUCCGUGUGCUUAUUUUAAGCACCUUCCUGAUUAAAAAGAAAAAAAAUCACAUUCCAAAUGUUCACAGCAGUGUAACCCUUUGGACAGGUAAGCAGACUUGAGCUCAGUUUAGUGAGCCUUGCAGGCAGGCAUGUUUUUCAGCAGCCACGAUGAACUACUUUUUUCAGAAAUUAAAGCGGAAGGCGCAUGAUCAUUCUUAGUGGAAACCUUUAAAAUAUAGGAAUACAAUCUUGCUCCUUAGUGAGGCUUAACCCCGUUAAUUUUUACAUUGCUUAUUUGCUGAAGUGCGUUCUUGGCUUAAGGAGAAGUCUGUCCAGGAAAGUUUGGGUUUCAGAGAAGCCUCUUGUAUUUUGUCUCAACUAGAUAAAAUUUGGAUUACAAAAUAACAGAAGAAGGCUGGACCUCCUGGGAUUUUGUGAUAAACCUCAUACUUGGCCAUUAUUUUUAGACAAGUGCAUGGCACAAUUUGGUAAAUAUUGUACUUGGUUGAGCUUAUGGACUUCAUUAUGUGCUCUUUGCACCCCCACCCCACCCCCCCCCCCACACACACACACUACAAACUGUACAGAUGUAUAGAUCUGAGCAGGUUAUAUAAGCUUCUAUAGUAUUACUGUCUUUUUUUUUCCCACCAAAGAAGUAAGAUAUGUGUUUGCUCGUAAUCAGCUGACAAAAUAGAUUGUGCCUCCGUGACUGGCAUAUUUCAUAGCUAACGUUGUAAAACAGGACAUUGGAUGGGAGAGUUCAGUGGGACUGGCCCAGCAAACACAAGAAUUGCUGUAUAAAAUACGUUUACAGGAAAGCACAUAAUUAGGCAAAAUGACUGGGAGGUCAUUUAGACAGUUUCUUGUUGGCCUUGUUGGAAAAUAAAAUGUUCAUAUUUUUAAAAACAUUAAAAUUUAUAGUAUAGAUUCAUACAUUUGAACUAAAGUCUUGGCUUCCUGGAUCCCUGCAGUAACGUAAGAAAUGUGGCGCUGAAUUUAAGCAACACCACCAUCUCAAUGUGAUGCACUACAGAGUGUCAAAUUUUGCAUAUGACAUAUUUGUGUCAAUUUUUCAUACAGCAAUUUAAUUCUAGUUCAUUCAAUAAAAGUCAUGCUUGGCAGAUAAACAAGCUGCCUAUCUGAGGAUGGUGGCCUUAACAUUAAAUACCUUAAUAGAAAUUACACGCACAGUAUUGUAGAAAAUUGGUAAGCAUUAACAUUAGGAGACCAGAAACUCACUCGUAGGUGUUUUUUACCCUCUCGACUUGUAAACCUUCUUGCACUUUCAAUUUCAACAAUUAAGAUUUUGCUUAAAACCCUGAGAGUUAGGGUUUUUUUCUAUUUUAAAACAUUCCUGAAAUAGCUCUAAUCUAAAGUACAUUACCAUGAAUGGCCAACCAAAGUCACUGGUUAUUUGGAUAAUCCAUUGUUUUCAUGAUCUUGCUACAACUCUCCCUGUUGCUGGGAAUUGCUGGGUGUUGUAGUCCUAACACUUGGAAGGCAUCCUGUUUUGAAAAACUAUGCCAGACUGUCAAGCUCUUGCAUCCUGAAGUGCUGAGCCUGUGCCAAAGUUAAUGGUUUGAAUACUUAAAUUGUAUGGAUUUUGCUGGUUGACAUGUCAGAUUUGUGUUCAUUUGGGAUGUUUGGAACUGUGGGAAAGCUGCCUUGAGCUUCAUGGAGAAGCAGAAUAUAAAUAUACUGAAGAAUAAAAUGUCUGUUCAAUGAAUAAGAUAUAAAGUUCUUAAAUGGA